AUGCCAGCCGCCGUGUCACCAGAAAGACCCCGAAGCGGAAUCACUCGAUUGACUGGAUGCCGAUUAGUCAAAGACAACACACUCGUAGAAGAAGACCUCUGGCUUUCCUCAGUUACUGGUCGCAUCCUACGCAGUCAAGAAGUCUUCUACGAACAUCAAGCAGCUCCAGACGAAGUCAUUGACCUCGGCGGCCGUAUCGUCUGUCCCGGCUUCAUCGAUGUACAAUUCAACGGCGCUUUUGGUUUCGACUUUUCGCAAGCACCACAAGAUCCUGUUUCCCACCGCAAGGGUCUAAAAGAGCUGAAUAGACGAUUGAUCGCAACUGGUCUCACAUCAUAUCUUCCCACCAUUACUAGUCAAAAGCCGGAACUCUAUCACAGCGCGUUACCUUACCUGGGUCCGUCAGGUACAGCUCGUGACGCAGACGAAGGUGCAGAGUCACUAGGCGCCCACGUCGAAGGUCCGUUUCUUAGUCCGACCAAGAAUGGCAUCCACAGCCCCGAAGUCUUACAAUCUGCCACAUCCUUCGCCGAUCUCGAAGCCUGUUACGGUGCUCACAACUUGUCCAACAUCAGAAAAUUGACCGCCGCACCAGAAGUUGGCAACAUGACAUCGAUAAUCCCUGAUGUGGUAAUACGCAACAUCAUCUUCAGCAUCGGUCACACAGAAGCUACCUACGAGGNNGAAGCAUCUGCAGCUGUAGCUGCUGGAGCGAAAAUGAUCACACAUCUGUUCAAUGCCAUGAAGCCGUUGCACCACAGAAAUCCAGGCGUCUUCGGCAUCUUGGGUCAUCCUUCCACACAUACACCUUUCUUUGGCGUCAUCGCUGAUGGCAUACAUUUGCACCCUACCACCGUCAAGAUAGCCUACGCCGCGCACCCUGAAGGCAUGAUCUUGGUGACCGAUGCCAUGAGUCUUGCCGGCCUGCCAGAUGGCACAUACAACUGGACCAAUGGCGACAGUAUCGUCAAGAAAGGCUCGAAUCUAACACUGGACGGUACAGACAAGAUUGCUGGUGGCUGUGCGACGUUGCUAGACUGUGUGAACAACUUUCUCAACUGGUCAAAUGCCAGCAUUCCUGAAGCUGUUAGGGCUGUUACUGUUACGCCAGCCAAGAUGCUAGGGCUGGAAGGUGUCAAAGGGUCUCUGGAAGCUGAUGCCGAUGCUGAUCUGCUGGUCUUGUCUGAAGAGAUCGAUGGUGACGGAAGACGUUUACUGGUUGACCAAGUGUGGAAGUUUGGUAGAUUGGUUCAUGAGAGGUCUUGA